GAGCUUGAUGUAAUGUGACACUGUAAGUCUGAUCUGCUGCUGGUCUCGCACAUCUACACCAGAGAACGAACAGAAGAUACUUUACACAACACAUCGGAUAUUAUCAGUCAUCCUCCAGCACGAUUCAUCGAAGCUGAGGGUUAAUGGCCGGGUCGUAGGACCACAGAAGGUCCUGCAGGAUGAAUUCUCUCCCGUCCAUGGACCGACACAUCCAGCAAACCAAUGAUCGGUUGCACUGCAUCAAACAGCACCUGCAAAAUCCAGCAAACUUCCAGACGGCGGCAUCAGAGCUGUUGGAUUGGUGUGGAGAUCCACGAGCCUUUCAUAGAUGCUUCGAGCAAAGCCUGAUGGGAUGUCUAACGGUGGUGAGUCACGUGUCAUGUCAGCAGGGUUACGACAUGGAUCUGGGGUAUCGACUGCUGGCAGUUUGUGCAGCAAAUAGGGACAAAUUCACCCCUAAAUCAGCAGCUCUGUUGUCCUCAUGGUGUGAAGAUCUGGGUCGACUUCUAUUGCUGCGUCAUCAGAAGACACGACAACCAGAUCCAUCAGUGAAGACCACCAUACAAACCAACAUGAGCAAUAUGAAACCAUUGUCUCAUGGUGAUUCACCAUUUCAAUAUGACUCUGUUUCCUGGCAACAAAACCCCAAUCAAGCGUCUGGUUCUGUCUCUGUGGUGACUACAGUAUGGGGAGUGACCAACACUACACAGACUCAAGUGUUAGGGAACCCUAUGGGCAGCCCAAACAAUCAUAUGAACCCUGGAGGUAAUGUUGGCAUGAACUCAGGACAGUUUUCUGGUCAACAGUUUUCUUCUAAGGGUCCCAGUCAAGCGUACAUGCAGCAGGGGAUGUACGGGCGACCAAACUACACCGGUUAUGGGGGCGGUCCUAACCCUGCAGGUGGGAUGGGCAUGCCUCCACAGACACGCCCACAUUCUGACUACAGCCAACCAGCUGCCGCCGCUGCGGCCGCUGCAGUGGCUGCUGCUGCCGCUACAGCAACCGCCACUGCGACGGCAACGGUCGCCGCCCUACAGGAGACGCAGCACAAGGAUAUGAAUCAGUACGGCCCGAUGUGUUCCUCCUUUCAAAUGGGGCCCAACCAGGCAUACAGUACUCAGUUCAUGAAUCAGUCCGGUCCACGGGGACCCCCUGCCCUCCCCAGCGCCGUAUCUCCAGGAGCCAUGAACAUGGGUCAACCCCGACAGAUGAUGCAAUACGGGGGUCACCCUCAGCGGAUGCCCCAGCAGGGCUAUGGGACCGGUGGUCCACGACCCAUGCAGGGAGUAAAGAGACCGUAUCCAGGAGAGAGUAACUAUGGAGGGCAGCAGUAUGGACCGAAUGGUCAGUUUUCUUCUCAGCAGGGCCAGUACCCCAAUCCUACCGCCAACAGGGCCCUUACCUCACCCCAUUACCCACUGCAGAGAACGCCAGGACAACCCGGGACCCCCUUACAGUACCCGUCUGCCGGCACGGGCCAGUUUUACAAGGAACCCAGUAACAACUUCAACCCAGGAAACUUUCAUUAUAACCAUUCUAACAUGAACGGGCCUUCUCAGCCAAUGGGCAACAGUUAUCCUCACUCACCAUUACCAGCCAACCCUACCUCCCCCGUGACACCAGGAAAUAAUAUUCCUCCAUAUCCGUCACCGAUCCAGGACAUUAAACCUCAGAUACCUCCUGAUAUCAAACCCAACAUAAACACACUUCCACCUCCUCCAGGUAACACGAGUGAUGAGCUUCGUCUGAUGUUUCCAGUUAGAGACGGCGUCGUCCUAGAACCAUUUAGACUUGAACACAAUCUGGCUGUCAGUAAUCACAUCUUCCACCUGCGGCCCGUUGUACACCAGACCCUUAUGUGCAGGUCUGAUCUGGAGCUUCAGUUUAAGUGUUAUCAUCAUGAAGACAGACAGAUGUUCACUAACUGGCCUGCGUCGGUGCAGGUCAGUGUUAACGCAACACCUCUCACCAUCGAACGAGGAGAUAAGACUACCCAUAAGCCUUUGCAUCUAAAACACCUGUGUCAGCCGGGCCGCAACACCAUCCAGAUUACAGUGACCGCGUGCUGUUGUUCGCACUUGUUCGUCCUUCAGUUGAUACACAGGCCGUCGGUGAAGUCCGUCUUGCAGGGUUUACUGAAGAAAAGACUCCUUACAGCUGAACACUGUAUUGCUAAAGUGAAGAGAAACUUCAGUAGUGUGGGUGUGUCAGUGGGUGGGGCCGGUGAUGAUGGGGUGGAGCAAACAGCCGUCAAAGUGUCUUUGAAAUGUCCAAUUACAUUCCAACGUAUUCUGCUGCCGGCGAGAGGUCACGACUGCAAACACGUUCAGUGCUUUGACCUGGAAUCAUAUUUAGAGCUGAACUCUGAGCGAGGAACAUGGAGAUGUCCUGUGUGCAAUAAAGCAGCUAUGUUAGAAGGUCUGGAGGUGGAUCAGUACAUGUGGGGAAUCCUGAAUACUCUUCAGAAUUUGGACUUUGAGGAGGUGAUGAUCGACCCGUCCUGCAGCUGGAGACCGGUACAGGUGAAAUCUGAGCCACACAUAAAAGAAGAUCCAGAUGGACUAAUAAACAAACGCUUUAAAAGCACCAGUCCCAGUCAGAUGGUUCUGCCUAAUGUGAUGGAUAUGAUCGCUCAACUGGGCCCAGGAGCUUCCUCAUACCAGAACCCACAACAACUAAACAACAGCAAUAACCAGUACAACAGUCCUGGUACUAAUCGUAACAGUUACCAGGGUCAUAGUAACUUUGGUGACUAUCCCCAUGGCAACCCUGCAUCAUCAUCAGUAAAUGAGUUCAUGCAUGGUCCACAACUCUCUCACCCCUCCACAGACAUCACACAGGAUCACACGCUACAGGAUAGAACGCCUCAUCCGAUUAACACAGAUCAAUCCCACAAUCCCCUGCAGCACAAUAUGCAUGGGCCUACCAACAGUCAACCGUUACAUCACAGCGGACCACCCCACCCCUGCAGACCGCCGCCCAACCAGCAGAACUCCGCCCCCAGCGGCCACAUGCACCCAAAGAUCUUUAACCCCUCGGGCAGUCUGGAGGGUCAGUGUGGGGGUCAGGGCAGCUCGGACAUCCCUGAAGCUUCUUUAGAUCUGCUUCCAGAACUGAUGAAUCCGGAUGAUCUUCUGUCCUAUCUGGAUCCUCUCGAUCUUCCCAGCAGCAGUAAUGACGACCUGCUGUCUCUCUUUGAGAGCACCUGAGACGGAGAGAGAAAGACUCACAGCUCUUCCAUACUUGACAAACAGAGAUGCACUUGCCAUGUUUUCUUCUUCUCCAGACUCCAGACUUGUGGUGGCCACGUCACGUUUCUUUUAUAUCACAAGUGUGAAUGCUAGUAAAUGUGUGCUAGCAGUUUUCUAUUCCUUUUUUACUUUGAUACAAAAGACAGACAAACAUUCGUCUGCUCUGAUGCUGUGUCCUGUUGAGACUCAAACUUCUGCUCUACUGAACACAAUCAUGACUGAGAUCUGAAGCAGAAGUGAAGGUUGUCUGUGAAUAAUGAAACAACUACAUUAAAGGUGCAGUGUGUAACUUUGAGAAGGAUCUCUUGACAGUAAUGCAAUGUAAUCUACAUAACUAUAUUAUCAGAGACCCUACAUAAUAAACUGUUAUGUAUUUAUUACCAUAGAAUGAGCCCUACCAUAGAACGGGUCCCCUUACAUGGAAGUCACCAUUUUGUGCCGCCAUGUUUCUACAGUAGCCCUAAACGGACAAACUGCUCAACAGAGUGUGUUUUGUCACUACUGCAUUUUGUCUGUAUACAACAUGUUUGUCCUGUGGCGGCUACCGUAGCUUCCUUCCUGCGUUUCGGUGAACAGUGGACUGAGUCGUUGGUUGCAAUUCACAAUCUCACUGCUAGAUGCCGCUUAAAUCUACACACUGCACCUUUAAGGUCUGGGUUUGAACGUUUUGUAAACGUUCUCCUGAAUGACUCCUUUUGUGUUUCAGGCAGGUCAGAAAGACAUAAAGGUUUAGGACAGCGUGAGGGUGAGUGAAUGACACAAUCUUUAUUUUUGGAGUAAAUAUUCCUUCACACAAAUAAGGGAAGAUAUGAAGGGAAAUUAGGAUUGGUGAGGAAGUCUGUCGCAAUAUCGGCUGCAAGCGUAAAGCGCUGAUCCCAAAAGGCAGCUUGUACUGAAAACAUUUGGGAAAGGUCAUGAAAGUUUUUGAAAAAUAUGAAAUUAGAAGAUGGUGAGCAAGAUUCUUGGACUGUAACAGAUCAUUUAAGCUAAUGUCCGCUGUACCGCCCCCUAUUCAUUUACACUGUGAAUCGCACAUUUCAGAAUUCAGCAAUAUAUUCAACAGUUGAGUUUCAGGCCUUAUAAUAACUCUUGACUAUUUCUGUGAAAACGACAACAAUUCAGAGCACUUGAGUAAAAACAGAGAUCAGAGAGAUGAAUGUUUGUCUAAAUGUUUGAUUCUUAUCUUGUUGCUGUUAUCUGUUGAGUACACUAAAUGACAAGCGUACUGUUCAGAAUGCAGUUGUAUUACUUUUGAGAAGCUCGUGUAAAUAUUUGUGAAUAAUUUUGUACGGUUUCUAAAUUGUCAUGUAUGUUUCUGCUGCAGCUGUGUGUGUUUGUGUAUAUUUGUGUGUGAUGUAGAAAUGGAGUAGUGUGUUUACUGUAAGAGAUGUGAUGCAGUAACAUCAUCUUAAGUCAUCCAGGUAUUCUAUGCAAACAUGUGUACACUGUCUGUAGUAUACAUGAUACAUACUGUACUGCAAAAUGAGUGUAAGUAGUGUAGUAUUCUGAACACAGAAGGUGUGUGUGUCUGUUUUAAUACGAUCCUGUCCCAUUCACACUGAGCAAUACAUACAAACUAAUAAUGUAUAAAGCUGUCAACGGCUCAGUCAAAUGAUAUUUUAUUGUAAUAUUCAUGUUAAUAUGAGAAUUAUUGUUAAUAAGUAAAUAUAGUAGCCUUAUGUGAGAAAAAUGUUUGAUUGUUUGUAGAAAAAGCUUUUUUUGUACAUUUCAUUCUGUUACAAUACAUUUUGGUAAAUUACUUUUUAUCAGUUUUCUUAAACUUGCACAGAGCUUUGUGUGAAUUUAAACAUGCAAAUACGGUCUAAUGAAUUUGAAUAUGUAUGACAGUCUUCCUUUAUUAUUAAGAGAGGUUUAAUUUUAAUAUCUGCCUAUAAACUGUUUAUGACUGAAAUAUGAACCAGAGAGUCACUACAUCAAAACUUGAACACUUUUACCAGGGCUUGUAAAGACGAGGGAGAUUUGUAGUGAACAAUCGCUGUUCUUAUGAUCUGAUGUAUGUUAUCAGAUAUAUGUUAAAAAUGUUUAAAGUGAACUCAAGAUAAUGGCUUUGUUUUCACACCGUGCAAACAGGUAAUAAAACAUUUAAUUGUGAGUAUCUGGACUCGGAUAAUAUUUUUAUAAUAAUUUUGACAUUGUAAAUCCGUCUGUUUAAAAAUAUGGAGGACGAAAAAUUACUUAUAAGUGUAUAUAAAUAAAUAAAUGCGUAAAUACA